GCUCGCGCCACGUCAGAACUACAAACUGUUAACAUCAUUGUAACACUGAAGAAUAGUCUGUCUGCCUGCACCUUCUCUUUGUUUUCACGAUGUUGUAUUUGUCACUCACCUGUUUGCUGCUGUUGAAUGCAUUUGUGGUGUCUGGGACUGAGAUCACAUUUGAACUGCCUGACAAUGACAAGCAGUGUUUCUACGAGGAGCUGGAGAAAGACGUGAAGUUUGACAUAGACUUUCAAGUUAUUUCAGGGGGCAACUAUGAUGUGGACUGCUUCGUCACAGAUCCUCAUAACAGUGCCUUGUAUAAUGAGAAGAAGAAGCAGUAUGACAGCUUCUCUCACACCACAACUAUGAAGGGAGUCUACAAGGUUUGCUUCAGCAAUGAAUUCUCCACUUUUACACACAAAGUAGUGUAUCUGGACUUCCGCCACGGGAAUGAGGAACCCAUUCUGGACAGCAUGAAAAGAAGCACAGCUCUGACUCAGUUGGAGUCAUCUUGUGUCGCCAUUCAUGAGAUCCUGAAGGUGGUGGCUGACUCACAGACAUGGUACAGGCUGAGAGAGGCACAGGAUCGCACAAAAGCAGAGCACCUGCUGGAGCGCGUCACCUACUGGUCCAUCGGAGAAACCGUCCUGUUGUUUGUCAUCGGCAUCGGUCAAGUCAUGAUGCUUAAGAGCUUCUUCUCUGACAAGAAAGGCUCCGUGGCAGCUACCACUUAAAAACCAAGGUCUCAGUGUGCCCUCAGAAACUCAAGUGGAAGCUUGGUAAUGUGAACAGAUAUUAGCACAUAAUGUUAGUAUUUUCAUCAAAGCCAAUGGUAAAUGGAUAGAUCAAGGGGUUUUCACAUUCCUGUCGGGCAAAACUUGAAUUCAGUUUUCACACAAGUUGUUUUUGUUCAACAACUUUCUACUGAAAAGAAACACCACUCAUGUCUGUGUUUAAAAUGCAGUUGACAUCUUUCAGCCUUUAGAGACUUUAUUUUUAUAGAGGUGGACGAGAGGGCAUGUUUAUUUUGAUCUGCCUAUUAAGUAGCCUAGUUUCACUUAUAAAAGCAGCUUUGUGGAUUUAUAUCAUCUGUAGUGAAAGUUGUAUCACACAUAAAAACCAAAGAGGAAUUGUGUUUAAAUUUGAGUUUUAUUUGUUGUAUAGCAUCUGUUAUGUGUAUUGUUACCUUAAUUUAUGUGUGCAAAAUCAUUAUGAGCUAUGAGAGCUCCGUUUCUCUCAUGUCUUUGUCUGUUUCAUACAGAGUGGCUUAGACAUUUGUUUUUUCCUCAUGUCAACCAAGUUGAAGUUUACUGUUUUAAUUUAAAUACAUAUAACCUGAUAUAUACACGCAACUACUGUUUUUUUUUUUUUUUAUUGGAUUCUCAUUUCUCAUUUAUAUGUUUUACAUUUUCUUCACUGGAAAGUGACCAAGUAUCAACCAGAUAUCAUUUUUUGCACAAAUAGUUUCUUUGACAUUUCCAUUCGAUUUGAAGAAUUUGAAGAUUUAAAAUUAUAUAUUUUUUAAAUACGGUUGUGUAGGUUGUCAGUCAUCCAGGUCAUGAUAGUCUCAAGAACUUGAGUGGAAGGUAACUGGAUGUCUUUUUAGGGUUCUUCAAGGUGUUUCUCACCUCUCAUUUUAGAGGCUUCUUCAGUUCUGACCAAAGGGUUUUCAGAUGAGAUGUGAAACAUCUUCAUUAACCCGAAAGAGGGUUACUUUCAGCUAAUUAUGAGACUAAUCAUGCCAGUAAGUUUAUAGACAUUGUCAAAUUAAAGUUUGGAACUGAG